CAUACAGGAGCAGACAGGAGCCGGCUAUGAAAAAAAACGUUUUGCGAAAUUGAAAUGGAGUUAUUUUGAGUUGCGCCUUGCGAGUGCAUGGACUGCAAAUAUAGUAAGAGUGAAGGAGUAAAGUAAUAAAUUAUUGAUCGAGUGAUUCUGCACCUGCGUACCACACCUGUCUAUUGUAUAUGUGAUAUUUCACACCGAUUUGUAAUUAAAUUGUCUAAAAGUGAAAAACAACAUACAACAUGCCUAAAAAACCGCCAAGGAAUGCUUACUAUUUCUUCAUGCAUGAUUUCAAAGAGGAACAAAGGCUAAAGGGAAUCAACUAUGCGACCUUAGCUGAUGUCGCGAAAGCUGCCGAUCCAGUUUGGAGGAGUUCACCUCCUUCAGUAAGAGCCAAGUAUGAGGAAAUUGCGAAAAGGGCGAAGGACAAGCAUAAUGUGCCUGUUGCAAAGUUUGCGUCCACUGGGGUGCCGUUGGCUGUGAUCGAACAACAAGAAAAGGAAAAGCUUGAGGCAUUGGAAAAUGAGAUUCAAGAUAUUAAAAAUAUCGUCAAAACUAAGGCCUUUAAUAAGGAUAUCCUCGAGGAAUACUUCUAUUUAAUAGAUGUAAACUACUACUGUAAAUGGGACAACAAAUAUUUGAUUGGUGAGAGCACCGUGCUGCGUUUCAACCUGCGGGAUGGAAUCCGGGAUUACUACCCAGAAUUGAUCAAUCCUGGGCAGAUACCGAUUGGGUACGCCUCCGACGUUAAAGAGGGUUGUGCAGAAUUUGGCCUGGAGAUGCCUGAUGAGGACUCGCCUAGCAACAUGAUGGAUAUCCUCGCGAAUAUCAUAGAUUUCCUCAAGCAGAAGGACCUGAAGUCGUUGGCUUUACCGCCACUGUUCACAAUGCCAGACAAAGUGCUGCCUUGUAAGAACUUCCUCCAACAAAUGUGCCACAAAGCUAAUGAGGAUGAAAUGAUCUUCCGAGUGUACCGUCUGGACACGUUGUUCUUUCACCUGAUCAAUAGCAUCAAGGCGAAUAAGGAAGAGGGGUUCCCCAAGGAGUCUCUCGCGCUCGUGCAACUCAAAAAAGAUCCUUUCAAGUAUACCCCGGAACUGGCUUGCAAGCACCAUGAGGACAACGGCAAGGCCAUAGAGUGCACGGACUCUCGCACCUUCCGCUGGGCCUACACCGUACUCGACAGCUGCUGCCCCGUCGCCGGCAUCGAGGCCUGUCCUGGGAGACACGUGCCCGGGAACUUGGACAUCGAUCGCAUCUUGAAAUUCAAGGAAGUGAGGACAGUUCGUGCUGUGCCCAGAGUAGCUGGAUUUGGUGCGGCAUCAUCGUCCUGCAACACAUCGGCCCACGAAUCUACGUGGGAAGGCAACCUGAGCUAUGCAGCGUCUGCCGUCAGUGAGCCGUCGGGAGCUUGGGGCCACGCCUCGGGCGGUGAACCGUCCAGAGCCUGGGGACAACCUUCCGGUAGCGGUAUUGAUCAGGACCCUGAUCGCGAAUCUGGGAGACGAGAGCGACGUACACACGCCCCUAUGCGAAUGCCGCAGGCUGAUUAUUCCCGGAACAUCCGACCGGCUCCCGAAUUGACGGAGGAAGAUUUUCCAGCUCUCACUUCAGGCCUUGGACGUGGUCGCGGUCUAGCCGGCAGCUUCGGAAGGAUGAACAUAAAUAAAAAAUAAAGCGUUUAAUGCCAUUCAAUUUUCUACUCUAUUAUUAUUGUGUAAUGAAUCUUAUUUACUUUGUAAGUAUAGUGUUGUCAGAUGGGCUACGUUACUUCACAUAGGCGGAAAUAAAAAUGACGACAAAUUUACUUAUGUACCCAUUUAGUAUAUAUAUACACUUUGGCUGUACGAGCUAUGGACAAUGACUAUGUAAGCCUAUUAUUUGUUUAUAAUAUAAAUUCCUUAAAAAUAUGUACAACUUUCCUACCUCACAACUUUUGACCAAAACUGCUUUAAUAUCUACUAUAUAAUCUAUUGAAAAAUUGCUAAUAUUAUACAGAAAGAAAUUUCUUCUAUUAUACCAGUUCGUUUAA